AGUCAUAGUCCCUGAAUUGCCUUGGACGGUGCUUCUCCUAUGGCUUCUGCAGUUUUGAUGACCUCCUUUCUUCUCUGUGUGUGUCUACUGCUGGCCUCUGGCUUUGCCCAGGCAGGCAGGCUGCUGGUGGUGCCCAUGGAUGGGAGCCACUGGUUCACCAUGCAGAUGGUUGUGGAUAAACUCAUCCACAGAGGGCAUGAGGUGGUGGUAGUCGUGCCAGAGGUGAGUUGGCAACUGGGAAAAUCCCUGAAUAUUACAAUGAAAACUUACUCCGUUUCUUAUACGCUGGAAGAUUUGAACCACCAUUUCAAGUUUUUUGCUCACAAUCAAUGGAAAACUCAAGAAGUAGGAAUGUUUUCUCUGCUAAAGAAUUCAGGCAAAGGUUUCUUCAAAAUAUUGUUUUCACACUGUAGGAGUUUGUUUAACGACAAGAAGUUAGUGGAGUACUUGAAGCAGAGUUCUUUUGAUGCUGUGUUCCUGGAUCCUUUCGAUGUGUGCGGCUUAACUGUGGCCAAGUACUUGUCGCUCCCGUCCGUGGUCUCCAGCAGGGGAAUAUUUUGUCACUAUCUUGAAGAGGGUGCCCAGUGCCCCAGCCCUCCUUCUUUUGUUCCCAGACUUCUCUCAAAACUCACAGACACCAUGACUUUCACGGAGAGAGUGUGGAACUACUUCUCCUACAUGGGGGAGCAUGCAUUUUGCCCCUAUUUUUUCAAAAUUGCUACAGACAUUGCCUCUGAAGUUCUGCAGACCCCAGUGACUAUGGAGGACCUCGUCAGCCAAGUGUCCAUUUGGUUGUUACGCACUGACUUUAUGUUGGAGGUCCCCAGACCUGUGAUGCCCAACAUGGUCUUUGUUGGCGGGAUCAACUGCCACCAGGGAAAGCCGAUUUCCAAGGAAUUCGAAGCCUAUGUCAACGCCUCUGGAGAGCAUGGCAUCGUGGUUUUCUCUUUGGGAUCCAUGGUCUCGGAGAUUCCGGAGAAGAAAGCUAUGGAAAUUGCUGAGGCUUUAGGCAGAAUUCCUCAGACUGUCCUAUGGCGCUACACUGGACCUAGACCAUCCAAUCUUGCAAAGAACACAAUACUUGUCAAAUGGCUACCCCAAAAUGAUCUGCUCGGUCAUCCAAAGGCUCGUGCGUUCAUCACACACUCUGGCUCCCAUGGUAUUUAUGAAGGAAUAUGCAAUGGCGUUCCCAUGGUGAUGAUGCCCUUGUUUGGCGAUCAGAUGGACAAUGCCAAGCGCAUGGAAACUCGGGGAGCUGGGAUCACCCUGAAUGUCCUUGAAAUGACUGCUGAUGAUUUGGAAAAUGCCCUAAAAGCGGUCAUCAAUGACAAGAGCUACAAGGAGAACAUCAUGCGUCUCUCCAGGCUUCACAAGGACCGUCCUAUAGAGCCUCUGGACCUGGCUGUGUUCUGGGUGGAGUAUGUGAUGAGGAACAAAGGGGCACCACACCUGCGUCCAGCCGCCCAUGACCUCACCUGGUACCAAUACCAUUCCUUAGAUGUGAUCGGCUUCCUCCUGGCCAUCGUGUUGACAGUGGUCUUCAUUGUCUUUAAGUGCUGUGCCUAUGGCUGCCGAAAAUGCUUUGGGAAAAAAGGACGAGUUAAGAAAUCACACAAAUCCAAGACCCACUGAGAAGUAGGUGGGAAGUGAAGAGGAAAAUAUUGGUUCAUUCUCCAAUCAGUUUGACACUUGAAAACAGAAUCGGUGUUAAAUUUAUUUUAUUUUUAUUUGGGAAAUAAUUAGCCAUCCACUACACAUCCAGAACAUUUUUAAAAUAAAAACAUUUCUAAUUGCUGGCCACACCCAUCAGGGAAAGUAUGGACAAUGCUUGCCAUCUGUUGGUAGCUUACAGAAAGUUUGGCACUCUGUAUU